AUGCGCAUUUCGGUCCUGCUCCCAGCCUUGACGCUGGCUGCGUCUGUAGCAGCCAAGACGCUCGACCCGCUGAGCCUUAUUCAAGCACCUCGCCCUGGAGUCGGAAUCGCAAGCCCAACUGGACAUGCAGCACUCUGGGCCAUUCGAAGCUGGAACCAAAGCACUCUGACCCGCUCUUCCACCCUGUAUGCUCUACACCUACCCAACCACCACGAUGCUGAAGAAUCCAGCGAGCUGGAAGAACUCGUGCCAGUAGUGCACAAUGCCACUUCUGCGUUCUGGAUCUCACCAGAGGAAGCAGCAUACAUCAUUGAUGAUGUCAUGUACGUCAAGAACCUGUCCAUCUCUCAGCAGUACAUCGACCCUCGUGAUCCAGGUGCCCGUGUCGGUCACCUUCCAGCAGAAGUCACCUCUCUGCGCGUCGCCCGCACCGCCAAGGGUCAGGGCGAGGGCACAGCUACCCUCGUCUUCUCCGCAGAGGUCUACGAGGAUGGCUCUUUGAAUAAUGUCAAGGCACGCGACGAUGCCGAAGCUGAGGAGUGGUCCCGUGUCAAGUCCUACGAGAAUGUGCCAAUAAGACACUGGAACAAGUGGCUCAAGCCAGGCAAGCGCAGUCAGUUGUUCAGCUUGGACUUGACGCGCAACAAGAAGGGCUACGAGACGAGUUGGCUCUUUGCAGGCGAGCCAAAGAAUCUGCUCAACGGAACCAGGCUUGGGGCUCCUGUUCCACCAUUUGGUGACGAGAGCGACUAUGCUGUCAGUGCCGAAGCCGGACUCGUCGCUUUCACGGCUAAGGAUCCCGCAGUCAAUGCAGCCUGGCACACGCGUCAGCACAUCUAUACCGUCCCUCUUGACGGCAGCGAAGCUCCCCGUCAAGUUACCCACGGAAAUAUCGGAGCUACGUCCUCUCCGGAGUUCUCUCCCGACGGCAACCACCUCGCCUGGCUUCAGAUGGCGAGAGACGGGUUUGAAUCCGACGUCCGAGUCGUUCAAUUGCAUAAUCUCGAAACAAAGGAGACAGAACAGUUGCUCACGCAGUGGGAUCGCAGUCCUUCUUCCCUCAGCUUUGCGCCCGAUGGCGAGAAUUUGUACCUCGUUGGGGAGGAUCGCGAGCAAAUCAAGCUUUGGCGUCUGCCCGUGCUAGACAAACGAACCCAAUCUGAGGCAUCCCAAAACGGCAGCACGCUGCAGACCGUAAUCAGAGCUGGCGGUGUCGGCUUCAUUGAUACUAUUCCGGGUGGUGGAGCAGUCAUCACGAAGUCGAGUAUGCGCAGCCCCGCAGACCUGUUCUACCUGCGCGAGAAGUCGGACAAACUCAUCCGCUUGACAGACAUCACCAAGAAUUCCUUGCUGCACGGUUUGGAUCUCGGACCCGAACCGUACCGCUUUAAUUACACUGGAGCGGAGGGCCGCACGACCUACGGCUGGAUCAUUCCGCCACCCGGCUACGACCGCUACAACAAGUCCCAAUCUUGGCCGCUUCUUACGCUCAUCCAUGGUGGGCCAGAAGGCAGCUGGGAGAACAACUGGAAUGUGCGUUGGAAUCCUGAGACCUUCGCUGCUGCCGGAUUCUUCACCAUCGCUCUGGAUCCCGCCGGUUCCACAGGUUUCGGCAAGAAGCACCAGGAGGACAUUUUAGGCUCUUGGGGCGGUCGCGCUUUCUACGACAUUCGUGCUGGUGUGCACCACAUUCUGCAGACUUUCGACAAUGUGGAUGCCGAGCGCGUAGUUGCAGCCGGCGCCUCAUUUGGAGGUUAUUCGAUCAACUGGAUUCAAGGUCACAACGAGGAUGGCUUGUUCAAGGGUCUUGUCUCCCAUGACGGUGUCUUCAGCACCCUAGCGACCUUCUAUUCUACUGACGAACUGUACUUUCCCGAAUUUGAGUUUGGAGGUGUGCCCUGGGUUGCCAGAGAGGGCUACGAGCGAUGGAACCCAGAACGAUUCACUGGGAACUGGAACACGCCGCAAUUGACCAUUGCUGGUAGGGACGACUUCCGACUUCCCGAGUCGGAGGGCAUUUCCGUCUUCAACACGCUUCAACGAAGAGGCGUGCCAUCUAAGCUGCUCGUCUUUCAAGAAGGCCAUUGGGUAGUCGACGAGCGCAACAGUCUGCGCUGGUACACUGAAGUCAUCGAUUGGCUCAAGAAGUAUAGCGCCGAGCAAGCGCCCGAGUCCGAGCUCUUGAUGGCGGAGACAGUCGAUGCCUCAGAAGUCGAUGAUCGUGCCUCUGGGUUACUCUUCCAACACCAAUGA